AUGUCAUCCCGAGGACGAAAAGUUCUUCUGGACUGGAUAGACGGCGAUGAGCUUGGAUAUGAGACUGUUUCGGCGAUUGUCACGAGCCUGACUGAGGACCGUGACAUUUGGGAAAAAGCUGCCGAUUUAGAUGGAAGUGUGUCUUCUCCAGCGGCUAAACGGCGACGUCUAUCGCUGGAUAGUAGUGCUGAGUAUCGUACGGUAUAUCUACAGGAAAAGCAGAUUCCUUCAGAAGAUGACGUUAUCGUGAAAGUCCGAGUUCCCCACGUGGAAGGCACAGGAAAUCACCAACGAGGAGACGUUUACGUUUUCAAGGAAGCCAUUGAUUUCAACUUCUUAUCGACUGAUGUUGCCAAAACCGGAUGCGAACUUUUGGAAUCCGGUGGACUUGACGAGAGGACUGAGAAACUUCGCGACGCUUUGACUGAAUUUCUUGGCGAUGAAGGUGAUGGCGAUGACGACGAAGAGGUGGAGGAAGACGAGGAAUAG